GUUUGAGACACGCAGUUCGACCGCAGAAUGACAUUUAGAAGUCAUCGACAAAUAUUCCUUACAGCAAAUACGAGCAGUUCCGCUUGUGCGGACAGCGUGUGUUUUUAUGUAAAUUGUGAUGACUCGAUUAUGCGUGUCUGUUACUUAAAAGAGAAUCGCUUUUAUGGGAUAAGCGUAUUUGAUUGGUCGGACGGUGGUCCGUUUUAGAAGGUCAUUGAAAACUUUUUGAUUGAUUAGUAUAUGUGAGAACACCAAAGUAACCUCAAAGCCUCCUACGGAAUCCUUGCAUCAGUGCGCAUCUGCAUAAAUGAAGUAAUAACUGAACACUCAACAUAGACGGACUCACUCCUGGCAUUCCUUUAGUGUUUCUUGAAUUCUUCUAACAUUGAGGUCAUGGAGGAAAAAUCUUUUUUUGUAAUUCUGCUCGUCGAUUUCGCCUUGGUGGUUAACUGGCAAGGUGGUCAAGCACAACUCAUUGAUGACUGUGGCGGACUUAUGGAAGGAAGAGGUAAUACCAUACAGACACCAAAUUACCCUCUCAACUACCCAGUGGAUAAAGCUUGCGCUUGGGUUGUUAAAACUCAACCGGGUGACAAAGUCGUGCUCACUUUUGAAACGUUUGCCCUUGAAGACAACUCUGUUUGCCAAUACGAUUACGUUAUUAUAAGAGAUGGUUCAACCUCCAAAAGCCCGAUGAUUGGGAAGUUUUGCGGCACAAGCAGACCAGCCACCAUUACCUCUACACACAAUUUCCUUUGGAUCGGUUUCCGAUCGGAUUCGUCCACUACCAAGCAGGGCUUCAAAGCGGUGUGGAAAGCAUCAACCGAAGAACCACCUCCUAGAAGAUGCGGUGGCCAAAUGACUGGUGAUGGUGGGAAUUUUACAUCACCAAACUAUCCUGGAUCGUAUUCUAAGAACAGCGAGUGUAUGUGGACAAUAGUUGUGCCUCCCUUAGACACGAUUGAGCUAACUUUUCACGAAUUUCAUUUAGAAAAUUCCGGCAGUUGUAACUAUGACUUUGUCGAAGUUCGACAAGGUAGCACUGGCUUUUCUCAAAUAAUCGGAAAAUUCUGCUCAAGUACGAUCAUUUCACCUUUCAAUUCAACUGGAAAUUCCCUUUUUAUAAGACUUGUCACAGAUGGAACAGUCAAUGAGAAAGGAUUCAGGGCUACAUGGAGAAGGAUACCUCAUUACAUUUCUACAACGCCAACGGCUCAGCCGUCCACAACCACCAAAGCUACACCUUCAAAUACACCACCUGAAAAGUGCGGAGGAAUUUUGAAGCAAGAAAACGGUGAAAUAACUAGUCCAGGUUAUCCCAACCAAUAUCCACUAAACCUAGAUUGCAUUUGGGUAAUUUUGGCCCCAAGUAACCAGGUGAUCCUGGUGGAAUUCAGAUCAUUUGAGCUCGAAAGACAAUCCAGAUGCCUCUAUGACUAUUUGGACGUCAGGGAUGGCGAUAGAGCAGGCAUGCCUUUGCUUGGGAGAUUCUGUGGAGAUGUAGUUCCUUCUCCUGUCAAAUCUUCUCAAAACGCGAUCUACAUAAAGUUUCACUCGGAUGGGUUAACUCCAAAAGGUGGAUUUGAGCUUAAAUGGCACGCUUUUAAAGGACAGCUGCCACAACCCGGGCCAACGCAGACGUCAGAUGGGGACCAGGCAGUUUGUGGUGGUACUUUCACUAAAAUGUAUGGUGUUAUACAGAGCCCUCGCUAUCCCGAAAAAUAUCCAAAGGAUGUUAUGUGUCAAUGGGUCAUAAAACUAUCACCACGGUACAGAAUACGCUUAGAAUUCAUGUACUUGCAAGUGGAGAAGAGCACAAGCUGCCAGUAUGAUUUUGUGCUCGUUAUGGAUGGCCUCCCGACUUCUCCGACUACACUAGGGAGAUUUUGUGGCAACUCAAGCAAGCCGGUGGUAGACUCUAUAUCCAAUGAAAUGACCGUUUUUUUCAAGUCUGAUUUGAGCAUGACAGACAAAGGAUUUCAAGCGUACUGGUAUACGCAGCCAGCUCUGAGCACUAAAUCUCCAUCAACCGAAAUAAAUGAGUCGUGUGGUGGAAAACACAAGCGUCAAAGUGGUGAUAUCUUUUCACCUUACUACCCUGCUUUUUCUGGUGCCCAAGGGCCUGUUGACUGCAUAUGGGUUAUAUCUGUUUACGAAGGAAACAAAAUUGCUAUUGGUUUUAACGAAUUUGAUCUGAACAGUGAUGAUAACUGUGUUACGGAGUACGUGGAAUUGAGGGACGGGCUAUCAGAGAACUCUCGUCUGUUAGGACGCUAUUGCAAUUCUGCACCGAUGGUGGUGCGAGGUUCUACGGAUACAUUAUGGCUGCGUUAUUACACAGUUGGAACGGGAAGUAAGGGUUUUGAAGCGACUUGGACUACUAUGAAACAAACAUUAAAACCGUUGAAACCUAGCGAGAUGCAUUCGACAGGAACUGUUCCUCAUCCACCAAAAAAAUGCGGCGAUGCACUAGGUCUUGAAACCGGUGAAAUCAAAGAUAGACAACUUUCGGCAUCCUCCAUGUGGAUGGGCGUCAGUACCUUUGGUCCUCAGCAUGCAAGACUCAAUAAUAGUAAGUGGCCCCAGGGCUGGAGUGCUGAUAUCAUUGACCAAAACCCAUGGCUCAAAGUGACGUUUCAAUCGGAUUAUGUGGUUACUGGCAUUGCAACGCAAGGUUAUGGUAAUCCAGUUUUCAAGGAAUGGAUUGAGAGCUAUUAUUUGCUUUGGCUUGACAGCAAGGCCGGAGCGGUGUAUUACCACGAAGGUGGAAAAGUGAAGGUUUUAGAUGGCAACAGUGAUCACAACACGAUUGUACGCCAUAUGCUGAAGGAGCCUUUUAUUUCCAAAGAAGUAACAAUCCGACCAAGAAGUUGGAAAGGUAGUGUGGGCUUGCGAUUAGAGCUCUAUGGAUGUCAAUUUGACGAAUGUCAGGAACCCCUUGGAAUAGAAGACCCGGACAUAAUUGAAGAAGAACAGCUAACUGCCUCUUCCGCCUGGGAAGGUGAUCAAGACAAGUUAGGUGCCCACAGGGGAAGGCUCAAUUUGAAUCGCUGGCCUCAAGGUUGGACGGCUAGCGUAGAAGAUCAUUACCCUUGGUUUCAAGUUAACUUGAAGCACCCUUUUAUAAUAACGCGCGUGGCAACACAAGGCUAUGGAGGACCCCUUGAUCAGUGGGUGGAGAAGUACCGAAUGUCAUGGAAGAAUGAAGAAGAAGUUUGGCGUAAUUAUUCCGUUCCUCGUCAUGUGAAGACUUCAGCCGUCCUCUGGAAGACCAAGGUAUUUCAUGGAAAUAAAGACAGGAAUUCAGUGGUAUCCCAAACUCUGUGGAACACCAUUAAGUCAAGCACGCUCCGAUUUUGGCCAAUGGUUAAACGUAACUUUGUUUCUAUGCGAACAGAAUUGUAUGGGUGUAUGACAGACCCAUCGCGAUCCGCAACUGAGUGCUCAACAGAUGGCCAUCGUUUGAGUGGUGAAUCAAAUCCACCCAGCAAAAGAGAUUGCCGGUGGCUUGUCACCCCUACAAAGCCGGAGAGCACAGUGACGCUGAAGUUCACAACUUUUGAUUUCUUAAAAAGCGAUCCUUCAUGUACAAAAGACUUCGUUGAAAUCAGAAACGGCCUUACUAAACACGCUCCUCUGAUAGGAAGAUAUUGUGGACACAAAAUACCUGCUCCGGUGCAAUCCUCGGGAAACGGUCUUUGGGUCCGUUAUGUGGUGUCGGGUGAUAUAAAAACCAAGGUUCGCAUGACUUAUCACGAUGGCCCUUCUUCUCAGGGUGAUAAAGCGAAGAAAGGAUGCGGUAGUCUGAAAUAUUCACUCUUUCCGCGGCAAUCUGAUGGAAAUUUGUCAAAGCAGUGGCCCAGCCAAUGGCCCUGGCAAGUAGCUCUUUUGCUUAUGGGACAAUCUGUUCAGCAGUGUGGCGGCGCUCUCCUUGCUCCUCGAUGGGUCCUCACCGCAGCCCAUUGCUUCAAAAGGUUUAAACAACCAUUUCAGUGGGUCGUACGGGCUGGAGAGUUUGACCUCGCGAAAAAGGAAAACUCUGAGCAAAAUAUACGAGCUGAAAAAAUAUAUGUUCAUUCAUCAUAUAUCUCUUCAACUAACGAGAAUGAUAUCGCUCUCGUAUACCUCGAGCGGGCAGCACAAUUGAACGAUAUGGUGGAAACGAUAUGUCUUCCGGAUGAAGGAGAGUUACAGCUUGAGAGCAAGUGCGCUGUCGCAGGUUGGGGUUUUACGCCGGCUAACGUCCAUCAUAUGUCCACCCCGCUGAGGUCCCAAAGAGUGCCCGUUGUUUCUCGCCAGGUCUGUAACGGAGCCAAUGCAUACAGUGGUCUUGUUAAAGAUGGUAUGAUUUGUGCAGGGUACGAAAAGGGUGGCGAAGAUAACUGUUACGGAGAUGGUGGAGGCCCUCUCAUGUGCCAGAAUUCUGUAGGAAAGUGGUUUGUUGGUGGAAUUAAUAGCUGGGGACAAGGCUGCGGACUGCCUGGCAAGUAUAGUGUGUACACCUAUACAGAAAGGUAUCGAGACUGGAUAAACCGUCAUAUGCAAGCAGAAUAACUGUUCUCACUUGCGUCAGAUGAAAAAAAAUUGUGAAUCAACUUUUGAGUCAACACUGCAAAACACCGAAUUAUAACAGAGUGCAAUUGGCUUGCUUUUUGUGUUGGUGCCUGUCAUUGCUUCUUAUCCUGUUCGAUUUCCAGAAGGUACCACAUCCAAGUAAAGCAUCGUAGUCGCUAUAAAAAGGAACGUGCAAGUUGCUUUCAAAGUGUUGUAACGGACUAAAACAUACGUUUUGUCGUCCAGAUAGGAAAUAGGCUACAGCCAGUUCAUGAUAUAUUUUUAGGUAAUCGCAAUUCAAUUUCGAAAUGUGGAACUAUUUUCAAGGGCUCAUCAUUUCAGUUAUGAGUGAUGGAAGACUGAUGGGACGUUGUGAAGUUAGGGAGGUUUUAAUUGAACAAGCCGUUUCGAACGGAACUUGAUAACACAAUUCAAUUACCUUUCUUACUCGUGUAUAGGUCGACCCCCCCCCCCCUAUUUUCAAGGUGAACUGUCGGAUUUUUCACCAUUCCUAGUUAAAGAAGUAAAAUUCAGACCGAUAGAAAUCUCCCAAAAAGUUAAUAUCUUACUUCUAGAAGGAAUUGAAAACACGGGGAAUCAAAAAAUCUGCAGAGCAAAAUGUAACCGUGCGCGGCGAAGUUUAAUAGCACUUAUUUAUAUUACCACGAUUUAAGCAAACACGAGCACUUCGAUUUAUUAAUACAUAUUUUUUAAAUCGUAUUGAAAAUGAAAUCUUGCUUUUAACUGACCGUCAUCUCAAUUUUGAGUUUAAAGGAGGUUUAGUACUACAAAGUUACACCGAAGAGCUUCGAAGGAUCACGCGUAACGAACAAGACCGCGAGACAGAAGCAUUUUCCAGGUCACUAAGCUUCUGUAAUCGUUCGAUGAAAACGAAAGUUCUGCACCGUAAACAGCAGCGAAUCUCUGUUUAAGCCACUUAAAAUACAUUAUUUCAAACUUUUAUUUUUGAUGAAGAAUGCGCUGAAAACUGACAAAACUCGAACACAAAUAGAACUGGUCUUUUAAACUCGGUUUUCCUGAUGGACUUCUGCAAUCGUUAUGUUAAUUUCUUGGAUUGCUUGAGUCAGGUCUUUGUGUAUGACUCGUGUAUAAGUCGAGGGUGAUUUUUUGGGCUGAUUUUUGGUCAUAAAGGUCGACUUACACACGAGUAAAAACGGUAGUCGAAUUUUUUUCUUGAGAGGUUACAAACGUAAUGCAAUCUUUGUGACCUUGUAGAUAUGAAUGGUUAGUUUGAGUUUACCACUGUAAAAUUCUCUAUUUAUCUUAUUGUACUUAUCUAAAACGGAGUUUCACUGUGAUAAAAUCACUGAAGUGUUUCCGGUCUUUUUCGAAUGAGGCGCCGUCCAGCGCUUUUGGUAUCCAACGCAAUAUAGUAGUUAUUUCUCUUAGGUAAUUUGUUAGGCUUGCAUCCUGUUCACUUUGUGUGAAAUCUGUGGUUUCCUGAAUGUGAAGGUAUUGUUUACUAUGUACCUAAAUCUUGUUUACGGGAAUUCUCAACCUAUUUACGCCACGGCAUGGAAGCCAUGAGCGAUAGUUAUCGGAGUUCAAUUUAUGAUACUGCUGGAUUUAGGAGUGUCAUAUCAGGACGUGUUUAACACGUCGUCUUAGAGAUUUGCUAAACCUGUGGAACCCUUAUUAUCAGUAGAAUCUAAACGAUUUCUCAAAUCAUUUAAAAGGAAACUUAAAUGCUUUAUUUUCGUUGCGAUUUUUUAUUUCUUUUUAUUUCUUGGAGGUACUUUUGUGAAGACUAGAAGUUCAAGUCAGCAGCUUUUCAAAUGUCAGUAAAUAGCAUCAAUGUGAAGGCGACUUAAAUGAGAAAUGAUAUUGGGAAUAUAUGUUAGCUUUGUUCUGUGGUACCACAAAGUGAAUGAUUUUACCUGUUCAAAACGCUUAUCGGGGACUGACUGGUUAGCGCACUUGAUCAAAUAUGAAAAGUUGCUUAAGGACUUCUUUACUCUGUGUUAUGGUAAAAAUAGUGGCAGCUGAAGUAAACUUUCAGGAAUUUA